CUGUAGCAAGGAAUUUAAUCCAUCAUCUUACCUACGAACACAUAUCAGGACACAUACAUGAGAGGAAACAUAUCAAAUAUAUAAGAUCACUUACAGAAAUAUGUUCAUACGUAUAUGAAAUAUAUGAAAGAUAUGCCUUACACGUGCAAUAUCUGUAAUAAGGGCUUUAGUCACUUAUCUAGCCGACGAGAACAUAGCAGGAUACAUACAGGAGAAAAACCCUACAAGUGUGAUGUCUGUGGUAAGACAUUUAGACAAUCAGAUGCCCUAAGACAACAUACCAGGACACAUACAGGAGAGAAACCUUACCAGUGUGAAAUCUGUAGUAAGAAAUUUAGUCAAUCAUCUAACCUACAAAGACAUAUCAGGAUACAUACAGGAGAUAAACCUUACCAGUGUGAUGUCUGUAGCAAAACAUUUAAGAGGUUAAACAACGUACAAAGACAUCUGAAGAUACAUACAGGGGACAAUCUUUACAAGUGUGAUAUUUGUGGUAUAGGAAUCGGUUCCCAAUCUCUUUUACGAAACCAUAUCAGAACACAUACGGGAGAGAAGCCCUUCAAAUGUGAUAUAUGUAGUAAGGAAUUUAGUCAAUCUCACUUACGAAGGCAUAUCAGGACACAUACGGGAGAGAAGCCUUUUAAAUGUGACAUAUGUAGUAAGGAGUCUGGUGACUCAUCUAACCUGCGAAAACAUAUUUUGACACAUACAGGAGAGAAACCAAACAAGUGUGAUAUUUGUAGUAAAAGAUUUAUCACGUUAACGCACUUAAAAAGACAUAUAAAGACACAUGCCGAAGAAAAUCCCUACAAGUGUGAUGUCUGUGGUAAGUCAUUUAGAGAAUCUCAUGCCCUAAGACAACAUACCAGGACACAUACAGGAGAGAAACCUUACCAGUGUGAAAUCUGUAGUAAGAAAUUUAAUCGAUCAUCUAACCUACAAAGACAUAUCAGGAUACAUACAGGAGAGAAACCUUACCAGUGUGAUGUCUGUAGUAAGAAAUUUAGCCGGGGGGCUAACCUGCGAAAACAUAUUUUGACACAUACAGCAGCGAAACCCUACAAGUGUGAUAUUUGUAGUAAAAGAUUUAUCACGUUAAAGCACUUAAAAACACACAUCAAGACACAUGCCGAAGAAAAACCUUACAAGUGUGAUAUCUGUAGUAAGAAAUUUAGUCGAUCAUCUAACCUACAAACACAUACCAGGACACAUACAGGAGAGAAACCUUACCAGUGUGAUAUAUGUAGUAAGGCAUUUAGCCGGGGGGCUAACCUGCGAAACCAUAUUUUGACACAUACAGGAGAGAAACCAUACAAGUGUGAUGUUUGUAGUAAAAGAUUUAUCAAGUUAACGCACUUAAAAAGACAUAUAAAGACACAUGCCGAAGAAAAACCUUACAAGUGUGAUAUCUGUAGUAACACAUUUAAUACGGCAGCUAGCCUGCAAAGACAUCUUAAGACGCAUACUGGGGAAAAGUCUUACACGUGUAAUACCUGUUGUAAGAAAUUUAGUAAAUUCUCUAGCCUUAGAACACAUAUCAGAAAACAUACAAGAAACAAACUUUACAGGAGUGAUGUAGACAAUAGUAUGGUUAGUGUUAAUAGUAGCCUACAGGGACACUUCAACACACACGCAAGGCAGGAUGUUGAAAGCAGCGAUACAUCUGAGACAACGUUCGAAUGUUGGCAGCAACAAAGCCAGUUCAAAUCGAAAACUGGAGAACAGUAUUUAAACCAAAGCGUACGUGACAACUUGGACGAGAGGCUAAUUGACACAGGUGCCACUACCGGUGUUAGUGAGAUUACUAGUGUUAGUGGGACAUCUGAAGACAGCAAAGCUAGUGUUCCUUUGACUACUGGUGUUCGUUGGACUUCUGAAGACACUAAAACCACGGAUGUUAAUGGAACUAUUGGUGCUAGUGAGACUACUGGUGUUAUCAUGACUACUGAAGACGGUAAAACUACAGGUUUAAGUAAGACAGCUUUGGAGGCUGAUAUAAUAUACCGUGGAAUGAGGUUGUCAAAGACAGAUGAUUGUGCACAAGUAUUUACGUACAGCGUGCAAAAUAUACUACAAGAUUAUUAUAAGACAUAUUAAAUUUAGAAUGCAUGCCCUUGAUACAAGGAUUACACCAAUGAGAGCUUGGUAAAACACUACAAUGAUAACGUACAUGUAAUAUAAAUAGAAUGCAUUAUAUUAGUGAUUAUCUUUUUAACAAAAAGUCAGGGAUGAUAGAAAACAAUUUCUUUCAAGGGGAAUAUGGUAUUUGUGCAAAACUGUUAUAGAAUGGUGAAUUAAACAUGUCUGUAUAUGUUGUUUGUUUGUGGUAGUAAGGGAUCCUCCUUGGAACGAUCUUUUUCGUUUGAUAAUGAGAGAUGUUUUUGUCAAAAUAUGUCAGCUUUCAUCAUUUUAUACAUAUCGUGAUUUUAUUCACUCUCCGGACUCAAUAGAAAGUACGUUAUCUCAAUGUAAAUACAUGUACUUGAAAAGAUCUAAGCUGUACCCUUAAAUGGAAGUAGUAUGCGAAAAUACACAUUAAAUAAAGCGUUUAAUUAUGAGUCCAGGUAUAUACUACUCUGUCUUAUUUAGGAUCAUUUGUGGUUUUAACAAUA